CCUUUGCUUUCUUGAAUCUUUUUUCCGACUCUUUGCAGUUACUUUAACUUAACAUGUCAAUCACAUCUUGUUUUCUUCUUUUACUUCUAUGCCUUUCUGUGCAUGCAAGUAGUGCUCGUCGCCUUGGUGCAGUUGACAAUAAGAGGCUUGAAAAGAAACUUCACUUCUCCAUCAAGAAGAACACGUCAAUUGUAGUACAAGUGAAAUCUACCUCGUCAAAAGAACUCGGAUCCAUCAAAGAAGACAGCAUCGAGGAGUCUCAUGCAGAUGAUGACACUCAAAAGCUAGAAGCUGCUGCUGAUGACAAUCUUAAAGAAAAUGAGAGAGAAAAAACUUCAGGUGCAGUUCGAGCAAACAAGUCUAAUGUUUCAGUUUCAUGGCGGGUGCCUCAUAGGAAACAUGGUGAAAAACAUCCUGGUUUUAACCUGGAUUACUCACCACCAAAGACACACCCUCCUUCUCACAACUGAGCUCAAGAAUUGAUCAUCUUUUUGAAUGUCCAGAGAGUUCCAGAAACCAAGGUAAAUACCAGCAUCAUUGUAAAAUAUAGAGCCUCAAAACCUUAGGGCUCAAAAAUGUUCAUCUUUCCCCAGCAUAGGCAUAACAAGUUAUAUACUAUGACUAUAUAACAUAGGCUGAUGGAUCAAAAAAUGAGUUACGAGGCCUUUUUUUCCCUCCUAUUUUGAUGUACAUUGAUCCUGGAUCAUAUAUAUGUUUCUCAGUGAGAAAUAUAUCUGCCUCAUUCAUCUUUUCUUUUGGUAACCAGCAAGCGUGUUAACCUGCAAACCCUG